AUGACCAAGCUCGGAGAGUGGGGUUUUGGAGUUUAUAACCUCCGCAUUCGUGGAAGUAAUUCUGCGUAUCUGAGCUCGUCCUCACCUCCCUCGCCGGCAUCGUUGUUCCCUAAGCAUCUCUCCACCCUCAAGCUCCUCGGCGAAGCUGGCCGACCACUUUACCCUGCCUAUUGGCGCGUCACCUCUCCACAGCACGACCUUCGUGUUCAAAUUCCGUCCAAACAUGACGAUCUCACUAGGGCUUUCCGUAGGGUUGAGGUCAACAAAUCGCGCCUGAUCACCUCGCUGUCGGACGCGACAUGGUCGUUCCUCCCUCGGCGUUCUCUGGUUGUGUGA